AGGGAGGGUGCGGGAAGCUUUCAAAGGAGAGAACAGACGUGAAUGAAGAGAAGGGAGGAGGCAGGAGGCCGCUGGAAGGCCCAGAACUGGCGCCCACUGUACCACAGCAACGCGGAGGCCCGGGGAGACUGCUGGUGCCUUGGAGGCAGGAGGAGGCCCUGAGGGAAGCCAGGCAGGACCCUGCCAGCUGAGUCGGCCUCAGUUUCCCCCGCUCUCUGGCAGGCUAGGCUGGUCCGAGCUGCCGGUGGAGCUACUGGAAGCCCACACCCCACAGCCGGAGGCAGAGUUUCACCGGGAUCUAUGUCUAAGUUCUAACUCUUGCUGACAAAGACCACGAUAAUUCCUUCCCCAAAGCCCAGCAGCCCCCCAGCCCCGCGCAGCCCCAGCCUGCCUCCCACCGCCCAGCUGCCCGCCAUGCCCUCCAGCGGCCCUGGGGACACCAGCAGCUCCGCUCCGGAGCGGGAGGAGGACCGCAAGGAGGGAGAGGAGCAGGAGGAGGCUCGUGGCAAGGAGGAGCGGCAGGAGCCCAGCACGACCGCACGGAAGGUGGGGCGGCCUGGGCGGAAGCGCAAGCACCCUCCGGUGGAAAGCAGUGACACACCAAAGGACCCCGCAGUGACCUCCAAGUCCCCGUCCAUGGCCCAGGACUCAGGCCCCUCAGAGCUGUUACCCAACGGGGACUUGGAGAAGCGGAGUGAGCCCCAGCCAGAGGAGGGGAGCCCCGCUGGAGGGCAGAAGGGCGGGGCCCCAGCAGAGGGAGAGGGUGCGGCUGAGACCCCACCUGAAGCCUCCAGAGCCGUGGAGAAUGGCUGCUGCACCCCCAAGGAUGGCCGAGGAGCCCCCGCAGAAGAGAGCAAAGAACAGAAGGAGACCAACAUCGAAUCCAUGAAAAUGGAGGGCUCCCGGGGCCGGCUGCGGGGUGGCUUGGGCUGGGAGUCCAGCCUCCGCCAGCGGCCCAUGCCGCGGCUCACCUUCCAGGCGGGGGACCCCUACUACAUCAGCAAGCGCAAGCGGGACGAGUGGCUGGCACGCUGGAAAAGGGAGGCUGAGAAGAAAGCCAAGGUGAUCGCAGUAAUGAAUGCUGUGGAAGAAAACCAGGGCUCGGGCGAGUCUCAGAAGGUAGAGGAGGCCAGCCCUCCUGCCGUGCAGCAGCCCACCGACCCCGCCUCCCCCACAGUGGCCACCACACCUGAGCCCGUGGGGGCGGACGCGGGGGACAAGAACGCCACCAAAGCCGCGGAUGAUGAGCCGGAGUACGAGGACGGCCGGGGCUUUGGCAUUGGGGAGCUGGUGUGGGGGAAACUUCGGGGCUUCUCCUGGUGGCCAGGCCGCAUUGUGUCUUGGUGGAUGACGGGCCGGAGCCGAGCAGCUGAAGGCACGCGCUGGGUCAUGUGGUUUGGAGACGGCAAGUUCUCAGUGGUGUGUGUCGAGAAGCUGAUGCCGCUAAGCUCCUUCUGCAGUGCUUUCCACCAGGCCACCUACAACAAGCAGCCCAUGUACCGCAAAGCCAUCUACGAAGUCCUGCAGGUGGCCAGCAGCCGCGCGGGGAAGCUGUUCCCGGCCUGCCACGACGGCGACGAGAGCGACACUGCCAAGGCGGUGGAGGUGCAGAACAAACAGAUGAUCGAAUGGGCUCUCGGAGGCUUCCAGCCCUCUGGCCCCAAGGGCCUGGAGCCACCCGAAGAAGAGAAGAACCCCUACAAAGAAGUUUACACAGACAUGUGGGUCGAACCCGAGGCAGCUGCCUAUGCCCCACCCCCACCCGCCAAAAAGCCCCGGAAGAGCACAACGGAGAAGCCGAAGGUCAAGGAGAUAAUUGACGAACGCACAAGAGAGCGGCUGGUGUACGAGGUGCGGCAGAAGUGCCGAAAUAUCGAGGACAUCUGCAUCUCUUGUGGGAGCCUCAACGUCACCCUGGAACACCCUCUCUUCGUCGGAGGAAUGUGCCAAAACUGUAAGAACUGCUUCCUGGAGUGCGCGUACCAGUACGAUGACGACGGCUACCAGUCCUACUGCACCAUCUGCUGCGGGGGGCGCGAGGUGCUCAUGUGUGGGAACAACAACUGCUGCAGGUGCUUCUGUGUGGAGUGUGUGGACCUUUUGGUGGGGCCGGGUGCUGCGCAGGCCGCCAUCAAGGAGGACCCCUGGAACUGCUACAUGUGCGGGCACAAGGGCACCUACGGGCUGCUGCGGCGGCGGGAUGACUGGCCCUCGCGGCUCCAGAUGUUUUUUGCCAACAACCACGACCAGGAAUUUGACCCCCCGAAGGUGUACCCACCUGUCCCAGCCGAGAAGAGGAAGCCCAUCCGGGUGCUGUCUCUAUUUGACGGAAUUGCUACAGGGCUUCUGGUGCUGAAGGACUUGGGAAUUCAGGUGGACCGCUACAUCGCCUCCGAGGUGUGCGAGGACUCCAUCACAGUGGGCAUGGUGCGCCACCAGGGGAAGAUCAUGUACGUCGGGGACGUCCGCAGCGUCACACAGAAGCAUAUCCAGGAGUGGGGCCCAUUCGAUCUGGUGAUUGGGGGCAGCCCUUGCAAUGACCUCUCCAUCGUCAACCCUGCCCGGAAAGGACUCUACGAGGGCACUGGCCGGCUCUUCUUUGAGUUCUACCGCCUCCUGCAUGAUGCGCGGCCCAAGGAGGGAGAUGAUCGCCCCUUCUUCUGGCUCUUUGAGAAUGUGGUGGCCAUGGGCGUUAGUGACAAGAGGGACAUCUCGCGAUUUCUCGAGUCCAACCCUGUGAUGAUUGAUGCCAAAGAAGUGUCCGCUGCACACAGGGCCCGCUACUUCUGGGGGAACCUUCCUGGUAUGAACAGGCCGUUGGCAUCCACUGUGAAUGAUAAGCUGGAGCUGCAGGAGUGUCUGGAGCACGGCAGAAUAGCCAAGUUCAGCAAAGUGAGGACCAUUACUACGAGGUCGAACUCCAUAAAGCAGGGCAAAGACCAGCAUUUCCCCGUCUUCAUGAAUGAGAAAGAAGACAUCUUAUGGUGCACUGAAAUGGAAAGGGUGUUUGGCUUCCCUGUCCACUAUACCGACGUCUCCAACAUGAGCCGCUUGGCGAGGCAGAGACUGCUGGGCCGGUCGUGGAGCGUGCCGGUCAUUCGCCACCUCUUCGCUCCGCUGAAGGAAUAUUUUGCUUGUGUGUAAGGGACAUGAGGGCAAACUGAGGUAGUGAUACAAAGUUAAACAAACAAAACAAAAAACCACAAAACACAACAAAACACCAACAACAUGAGGAUCGAGAGGAGUAUCAGCACCCAGAAGAGAAAAAGGAAUUUAAAACAAAAACCACAGAGGCGAAAGUACCGGAGGGCUUUGCCUUGCACAAAGGGUUGGACAUCAUCUCCUAAUUUUUCAAUGUUAACCUUCAGUCCUAUUUAAAAAAAAACAAAACCAAGCUCCCUCCCUCCUGCCCCCCCGCCUUUUUUUUUGGGUCAAACCUUUUGUUUUCUACUCUUUUCAGAGGGGUUUUCUGUUUGUUUGGGUUUUUGUUUCUUGCUGUGACUGGAACAAGAGGGGUUUUGCAGCAAAAAAAAAAAAAAAAAAAAA